AUGUCUAACGCAACUCUUUUGUGUAUUGGCUCAGGGCCAGGAAUCGGCCGUUCAGUUACUUCCCUUUUUGCAACUAAGCACUACAAAAAUGUUGCACUGAUCUCUCGGCGCCCUGAACAGCUGAAGAUCGAAAAAGCUGCGGUGCAGGAGGCAGCAGGCCAGAGUGUCAACGUGCAAACAUAUGCUCUCGACGCCACUGACACCGAUGCAUUAUUGUCCGCCCUUCAUCGCAUUGAAGAAGAUCUAGGUAGAAUCGAGUGCGUUUUCUACAAUGCCGCUCGUGUUCAAAAGUCUGCCUUUUUUGAGUAUGAUCUUGAGGAGAUUGAACAAGACUUUAAGAUUAGUGUUUCUGCACUCUACACCACCUUAAAGUACUUGAUGCCCCGUCUUGUUGAACUUGCAGAUACCCCAUCGCAAUACAAGCCAGCUUUGAUCGUUACGAGCUCUAUGUUACCAUUCGAGCCGAUGCCUGAUCUAUUUGCCUUGUCACUCGUCAAGGCUGCGCAACUCAACAUGGUCCGCAGCUUAGCUCUAGUAUACAAACCCCAGGGAGUUCACGUGGGUGUUAUCAAUGUUACUGGAUUUGUUUCUGAAGAAGAAAAGGAACGAAAUCCCAAGAACAUUGCAGAUAAAACAUGGGAAUGGUUUACAUCGGAUAGAGAAGACAUGCCCUUUGAGGUUCGAAUUUAA